AUGGGGACAUGUUGGAGAGUUGGGAUUGGGGAUUGGGGAGACAAUACUCAUCCCCGUCCCGCCCCAUUGCCAUGUCUGGAUGAUGUUAGAGAUACCGGUGGUGGUCUCGAUGGUAAUGACAGUGGCAGUGGUGGUUGUGAUGGAGGUGACAUUGGUGGUGGCGGCAAUGCAAAUGGUGAUGGCAGUGGCGAUGUGAUGGUGGUAACAACAUUGAUGGUGACAACCAAUAAUGAUGACAUUAGUGGUGAUGAUAACAAUGGUGGUGGCGACGAUGAUAGAGAUAGUACUAGUGGUGGUUGUAGCAAUGUCAAUGGUGUUGGGUGCAUUGGUGGUGGUGGUAACAAUGUCAUUGGUGAUAGUGACAUUGAUGGUGAUGAAAGUGGUGGUGGUGAUAUGUAG